AUGGGCGCAAAGAACAGUCAACUACAAUUAAUUGACUGUGGAACAAACUUAAGACGACCACAAUACACUGACAUCUCGGUAACUUGUGGAACCAAAUCUAUUGGCCUGGCUAUCCUCAUCUGCCCAGCCAUGUACACUGGCUACAACGAGUCCCUGCUUAUCCUCAACCACGUCACGAAUGGCCCAGCCUGCAAGGGAACCUUAGAUCAAAGUGUGAUUCCACCUGUCGUGAGGUUUGAAUUCCCCCUCAACACAACCAAUUCCUGUGGCAGCCUCUUCAGGACAAUCAGCGCCGCAGGCACAGGGAUAUUCUCUGACUUCUCCAACCUCCAGACAGUCAAUAUCAGUGGUGUGGUCCGAUCAUAUGAUCCCACCACAGGGCCAGUCACUUACAACACUGAGUUGAAGUAUUAUUACUCCUGUGCCUAUCCCUUAGAGUACCUGACCAACAACACCCAGAUUGAUACGUCGGCAUCUUCCAUUGCGAUUAAGGACAACAAUGGUACUUUCAUCAGCACUUUGAGUCUUAAUCUUUUCAGCGAUGACAACUACAUUUCGCCCUUAAUCAUUCCGAAACAGGGUCUUGAGCUGAGGACCGAAAUCUACACUCGAGUCCAAGCCACCAACCUGACCUCCCGUUACCAUGUGUUCCUGGACCAAUGCUACGCCUCCAUUUCUCCACAACCCGACAGUGACGACUCCACCGUCUUCAACCUGUUUGUCCCUUGCAACGUCGACCCGUUGACCGUCAUCAAGGAGAACGGAGAGAGUCAACACGCCUGCUUCUCCUUCCCGGCCUUCCGCUUCAUGGAGCAACCAAAUGAGAUGAUGUCCACCUACUUCCUCCACUGCAUCACCCGUCUCUGUGAGGAGAGCACCUGCAGUACUCUUAAACAAUGUACCAACCGGAGGAGAAGGAAUGCCGUUCCCGACGGAGUGACAGGGUACACAACCAUUAGCUCUACUCCUAUCACCAUCAGAGCAGAAAGAGUUGUGGCAAUAAAAGAACAGGAGACUGCCAGCAACAACUCAGACACUUCUACAGGACUUGGUGUGGCAGUGGGCUUUCUGGCAUUCGUCUGCAUUAUUGUCAUGAUAAUGGCAGCAGUCUUCUACAGGACACUCAAACCAUUAAAAAGGGGGUUGACUGCUCCACCUUGAAUGAGUUGAAAUAUGGGUCAGCAAGACAGACGGCGUUGUCCCUUUAAAUACAGGUC